UAUGAAAGGAGUGGUGAUUCACGAGUCUGCCGAUGACGGAUGGUUCUAAACGGGUAUUAACUAUCUCACAGUCCUUCAGUUUAUUUUGCUCGACGUCGAACAUCGAACAUGAGUAGAAUGUUGUGGAGCUCCAGAGUAGUAAAGUGCUAGUUCGAAGAUUUCACCUUACGUUACAGACUACGUGCUAUUUUCUUUUCAGAUUAUAUGUUAAUGCAUUGUCAAAAAACAUACAUAAACUGGUCAGUGGGUGCUGUGAUGUCCUCAACCCUCAGCAGAUUCAAACACUCGCACUGCAGGAGGAAACACUAUCCCAGUAGCACUUACCUCACUCACGUCUGACAGCCACUCAAACUUCAUCUGCUGGUAGAAGACUUGACAAUAGAAAUUGAAACACAGAGAAAGAUGUCUGACUCGGCUGGAGGCGGUGACAGUGAAGGGGUUGCAGCUGCAGGGCAGGAUGCAGAUGGGGAUAGUGAACCUCCUCAACGAACCUCUCCUCCGCCUGAAAGUGAUUGCUUAGAGCUGGAGAAAACUUCCCCUCCUGCUGCCAAACGGCUGAGGAUGAAUGAGGAGGAUCGAACUGUGGUAGAGGACGCAGAGCUCCCCAAGUUGAAUGAAGAACCAACAGAACAGCCUGAUCAUCAAGAGGAACCAACACAACAUGAGGACCAGGGUCCAGACAGUGGAGGAGGACUUGUCCAUCAUGGAACGGAAGAAGAAUCCCACCAGAAUGGAGAUGGAGGGCACGACACACACUUGGAGGAAGAGGUGAAGAAGACCCCUGAGGAGGAGGAUGAGUGUAAUGGCAACGAACCUGCAGACAGCCCCAGUGAAGGACAGCAUCUUGCUUUAGAAUUUACCCAGAAUCCUCAGAUACUGACUGGUUCAUGGACAGAGUACUCCGGAUUCCCAGAGAAUUACCUGAAAGGCUGCAAGUGGGCUCCUGAUGGUUCUUGUAUCCUGACCAACAGUGCAGACAACAUUCUCAGGGUCUACAACCUGCCUCCAGAGGUCUACAGCUAUAACUGGAACACACUUCCAGAGAUGAGUCCAGCACUGAGGAUGGCUGAAGGCGACACCAUCUACGACUACUGCUGGUACCCAAAGAUGAACUCUUUGUAUCCAGACACAUGCUUUCUAGCCAGCAGCAGCCGUGACAACCCGGUCCACCUGUGGGAUGCGUUCUACGGGGAUGUGCGGGCCAGUUUCAGACCCUACAACCACCUGGACGAGCUGACGGCCGCUCAUUCCCUCUGCUUCUCGCCGGAUGGCACCCAGCUCUACUGCGGCUUUGAUAAAACGGUCCGAGUCUUCUACACUGAUCGCCCGGGCAGGGACUGCGAGGAGCGACCCACCGUAGUGAAGAAACAGGGCCAAAAUGGCAUCAUCUCCUGUUUUGGCUUCAGCCCCUGCCAGUCUGUUUACGCCUGUGGCUCCUACUCACGCUGCGCUGGACUCUACUCCUGCCAAGACGGCAGCCUGCUGGCUCUGCUGCCGACCCGUCAUCACGGAGGCCUCACCCAUCUGCUCUUCUCACCUGAUGGCAACUACCUGUACACAGGGGGGCGCAAGGAUCCAGAAAUCCUGUGCUGGGAUUUGAGGGAGCCGGGAAGAGUUGUGUUUUCACUCAAGAGGAAUGUUUCCACUAAUCAGCGCAUCUACUUUGACCUGGACCUGUCAGGCCGGUAUCUGCUCAGCGGUGACACUGAAGGAGUGGUGUCAGUGUGGGACACCCAGACAGCGCCUCCUGAUGGUAAUGAGGAGCUGCUACAACCCCAGCUGAGGUUUCAGGCUCACUGGGAUUGUACCAACGGGAUCAGCGUUCACCCCUUCAUGCCCCUGUUGGUGACAUCCAGCGGACAACGCCAGUUCCCUUGGCCCGGCGACAGCGAGGGUGAGUCGGCCUCAGACGGGGAGGAGCCCGCGAUGUCACCACGGGAGGUCCGACAAGACAACGCUCUGUCGCUGUGGUGGGCUGGACCUCUCAGCCCUGCAUCAGAGGGAAACCCAGAGACAAGCACAGAGGCAGUGGAGACUGAAGCUAUUGGAGUUCAGGCGGCUGACGCCCUCUAAUGUGCUACACCAGUAAUUUGAUGUUUGUUUUGGAGGAAAACAACACGGUGAGGCUAACAAAAAAAAAUGUAACAUUUGAAAUUUUAAACAGUAGGUGAAUUGGAUAAGGAUGGUGAUCCCAGGGUUCUGUGUUGGGACAGUUUGGUGUGCUUAACGGUCAUGUUUUUUUGUUUUUUUUCUGGUUGAAGUG